UUCUUUUUCGAUAUGUUCCACAUUAUGGGAUAAUUAUGCAUACUUCCAAACUACUAACUGGUCAGCGGUCCACAACUUCAAAGCCAUUCAAAUGCAAAUUACAGUACAGUAUAUAUUCCCAGGUGAGAACAUCAAAGUCAGUUCUUCCUUUCGUGCUUCAGGUCACAAGUAGUCAGUACGAUAAGUUUAUACGGUUUUUUCGUCGCUGUUGAAGUGAAAGCUCCACGUGGCCAUGUCAGAUACCGAACCUUCCACGGAGGUUAGCGGGCUUCCAAUUGAAGCGGAGCGUUUCGAAGAAACCUACGAGGAAAAUAUCGAUGAAUUAAGGGAUCAACUGGGCCUAGGAGGCAUUGAGCACACGCUUAGAGCGAUGAACGAAAAGAUUGCUAACCUAGAAGCUGUAGCUUCGAACAGAAAUCCCGAACCGGGAGUUAAUUCUGUUAAUUCGCCUCCAGCGUCAAUGUUCGACCCAACUGAGGAUUUGUCGGGCGUAAACGUGCCGUCUACAGAACCAAAUGCUAAAACGCUUGAAUCAAGCGAAUUUUUGCCCUCAAUUUUUGAGGAGACAGAGACCUUUGGUCCAGAAGUGUCCGAGGUCGUUGCAAAGAGGAUAAACGACUCUGUUUCAAAGAAACCACUUGAAACUAAAUUCAAGGAAAUUCAAGACAAGUACAAGACGCCACAAAACUGCCGUUUGCUGUGUGUUCCCAAGGUUAACCUUGAACUAUGGCAUGAUUUGCCUCGAAACACCAAAACAAAAGACCUAGGGCUGCAGGAAAUCCAAAAGAACUUGGUUAAAGCUGCACAGCCCAUGGUUCAACUGUUGGACUCGGUUUUGAAAAACCAGAGCGAGAAAAAGCCCAUUGAAAUGGCGACUGUUAUUCCACUCGUAGCGGAUGCAGUAACAUUGUUGGGCCACGCAUCUUAUUUGACUUCCCUUAAAAGGCGAGAAUUCUUAAAACCUGACAUUGCUCAGGCGUACCAGUCGGUAUGCAGCAAAAGUAACCCCAUGUCAACAUAUUUGUUUGGCGAUGAGCUGCCAAAGCAUAUUAAAGAGAUAAGUGAGGUCAACAAGAUUGCAAAGAAAACCAUGUCUCGCACUCAUGGGCAUGCUUCAUCAAGACGCAGUGGUUAUCAUAAUGACUAUAAGAGCAAUAGCGCUCAUGGGCGAUACAGUCNUUUUUUUUACAUUUUCAUCAAAUUCAGCUAA